AUGUACCAUACACCGAGAAGUAGGGUACGCUCCAGGAGAUCAGCCAGGAAGGAUGAGGAACCAAUAGAAGGCCAGUCUUCGCCUCAAGAGCUACCAAUAUUACCACCUAGUCUCAAGGCCGAAGUCCAAGCGGUCUACAUCUUCUUCAGUGCUAGCACGACAAAAGAAGCUAGAACUGGAGGCGGCAGAGGCAAAGGCAAAGAUUCAAAUGGAACUGAAAGACAAAGAUUACGACUAGCAGAAAUUGACGACGAGUGUAGUGUAAGGUCAGAUUACACUAACAAGGAGGUAGAGGAGAGGUUGGAGCGCCGACAUCGCGAACUGGAAGCACAGCCCGUCCAUGAUCAGGGUCAGACAACGGACGUGCCGUGCGCGCCGCUCAAACGGAAUGCUGGCAUUAAGGGAACAGUUCAACUCCUGGCCAGCACACUUAAGGAUCUUACAGCCGCUUCUACCAGCAACAAUCUUAACUCCAACCUGUUAAGUAGAAUUUGUACACCAAAAGACUUACCGUUGUUUUGUGGAGACCCCAUGGAGUGGAUUCAUUUUAAACAGGCGUAUGAAGAGUCGACCAAGAUCUUACGAGAUUUAGUGGCGAAGAAUGUUCAGAGGCGUACCCUCUGCACAGAACCCUAG